UAGGCCCCCUUCUUCUCGAUCUCUCGCGCACCAUUUCUCCUCCAGCUUACUACUCACACAUGGCGGCAGGCAGUACAACUUUCCUCUUCGUGAAUUCAAACACAAGCAGAGCUGCUAGCUAGUCGAUCGAUAUUAAGCACGCAUGCACAUGUGCUUGUUUAUCAUCUUGUCGAUCGAUUCCUUCUAGCCAGUUGCAUAAAAUAGUGCUGUUAGAUCUCGAUCCUGUUUCAUGGUACGUACAUGGAACACAGAAUUUAAAUUUUUCUUGCCCUUUCUUCCAGCUCCAGAUGGUUUCUAGCUAGCUAGCUAGCUAAAUACAAAUCAGUUCCGUCUACUCCUUCACUGAAAUAUUCCCUGUACGUACUUGAUGAAUCAACCAAACUCUCUCCAUUCUCCCUUGGUUUCCCCUUUGAUUCCCAAAGUUCUACUGGCAUAUAUUGGAAAGCACGUGUAGCUGCAGGCUGUAUCUCCGAUUCGGGCGAGCGAGUGCACGGCCCUCUAUAUAUGCCUUGUACAAGCACCAAAUCCGCUCCUCAAACUGCUCGACGUGUACUAGCUCUGCCUCUUUGCUCUUUUCUAAUCAUCGCCCCGCCGCAAAUUUGUUGCCUUCCAUUCCACCCACCUCGCGACCCCCCUACAUGAUGCAGUUCACCCAUGCUGCAGUGACUGCACCGCCUCUCUACCCUAAUGGACACCACGGGCUAGGGCUAGGGCUCUUCCUUGACGUCGGCGCGCCGAGAGCACGCCCGUGGCCAGCUGCCGGGAGCUUCCCGACGCUGCCGCCCUCCUCCAAGAUCUCCCUGGGGAACCUCAACAGCGCCGGCUGCAUGGAGCAGCUGCUGGUGCACUGCGCCAACGCCAUCGAGGCCAACGACGCCACGCUCACGCAGCAGAUCCUCUGGGUGCUCAACAACAUCGCCCCCGCCGACGGGGACUCCAACCAGCGGCUCACCGCCGCGUUCCUCUGCGCGCUCGUCGCGCGCGCUUCAAGGACGGGGGCGUGCAAGGCGGUGACCGCGGCCGUGGCCGCCGCGGUCGAGUCGGCCGCGCUCCACGUGCACCGCUUCACGGCCGUCGAGCUCGCCAGCUUCGUCGACCUCACGCCCUGGCACCGGUUCGGCUACAUGGCCGCCAACCACGCCAUCCUGGAGGCCGUGGAGGGCUUCGCCGUCGUUCACGUCGUCGACCUCAGCACGACGCACUGCAUGCAGAUCCCGACCCUCAUCGACAUGCUCGCCAGCCGCGUCGAGGGCCCCCCGAUUCUCCGGCUCACCGUGGCCGAUGUCGGGUGCAGCGGGCCACCGCCGGCGCUCGACAUGUCCUACGAGGAGCUCGGUGCUAAGCUGGUCAACUUCGCGCGAUCCCGCAACGUGACAAUGGACUUCCGGAUGGUACCCACCUCACCGGCCGACGCCUUCACUUCCUUAGUCGACCAGCUCCGGGUGCAGCAGCUGGUCUCGGACGGCACCGAGGCGCUCGUCGUCAACUGCCACAUGCUGCUGCACACCGUGCCGGACGAGACGGCCGGGUCCGUGAGCCUGACGCAGUCGGUCUCGCUCCGGACCAUGCUCCUCAAGUCCAUCCGAACCCUCGACCCAACGCUGGUGGUGGUGGCCGAAGAGGAUGCCGAGUUCACGGCGGGGGACGUGGUGGGGAGGCUCCGGGCGGCGUUCAACUUCCUGUGGAUCCCGUACGACGCCGUGGACACCUUCCUGCCCAAGGGGAGCCAGCAGCGGCGGUGGUACGAGGCGGAGGUCGGGUGGAAGGUGGAGAACGUGCUGGCGCAGGAAGGGGUGGACAGGGUGGAGCGGCAGGAGGACCGGGCGAGGUGGGGGCAAAGGAUGAGCGGCGCGGGGUUCCGGUCGGUGGCGUUCGGCGAGGAGACGGCCGGGGAGAUAAGGACAAUGUUGAGUGAGCACGCGGCCGGGUGGGGGAUGAAGCGGGAGGACGACGACCUCAUGCUCACAUGGAAGGGGCACAACGUUGUUUUCGCCUCGGCGUGGGCACCGUCGUGAGCUAGGCGACGUGCGGGCUGCAUUGCGGUUACAAGGUAAGUGAGUGUGUAGGUGUAUGCCCGCAUUGCUUGCAUGGAUAAUGUGGUUUAGGGUUGGUUUCUCUGUGCAUGUUCACUAUAUGAAAGAUGAUCCUGUUAAAUUAGUUUUUACUAGUAGCUGAUUCACAGCAGAGAAUUGAUCAGUCGCUCAUUGUAAUGAUAGCUCUCACAAAUACACCGUACAAGAAUGAACAAAGGGAACCUUGGAUCAUUUGUGGAUCCCACUCAUGAAAAUGUAGAAUGUGGUGUUCUUGAAAAAUAUGUAGAACGAUCUUUA